CGAGUGACUGAAACGGUCUAAAGUUUCUCGGGUUUUUCUCCUCACUCGCUUUUCUCUCCAUCAGUGCCACUUCAUCUCCCAGUAAAAUGAUCCAUUUGCUUUAUCUGGCUCUGUUGUGUGCAGGAGGCACGGAGACGCGGCGCGUGAACAACAACACGUGGCGGCCCACGGAGGCAGCGUCACAUGACCUCCUUGCUCUCUCCCCCACUGGACUGCUCAGUGCUAGCUCAGCGCUAACACAUGGUAGCAGCGCACCGGGUGAGUCGGCGGUCACGUCCCAGGAUGGUCAGCACAAGAGAUCGCCCCGCGGCUCAAAAGACGGGAGAUCGAAGCCGAGGGCAGAGCAUCAUGAGCACCAACACCCGCGGCCCCUCGAUCCGGACAGUUAUUUCACCACACCGAGGGUUUUUAAUGGCUCUCUGCUGGUGCACAACCCGCUGUACCCGGUGACCGGCGAGUCGUACGGAGCGUACGGCGUGAUGCUGUUAGCGCUGGUGGUGUUCGCGGUGGGCGUGGUCGCUAACCUGGCCGUCACCUGUGCCGUGUGGCACAACCACUAUCUGCAGAACGCUCGUAACUGCGUCCUGGCCAGUCUGGCGCUCUGGGACCUGGGCGUGAUCUUCUUCUGCCUGCCAGUCGUCAUCUUCCACGAGCUCACCAAGAGACGACUGAUGGGGGACGUGUCCUGCCGCCUCGUGCCCUUUAUAGAGGUGACGUCUCUGGGAGUGAGCACCUUCAGUCUCUGUGCUCUAAGUGUUGAUCGCUUCCAGACAUUAACAAGCUCCUCCUCCUCCUCCUCUAAGACCCCUGAGUCGUUCGGCUCCAUCGUGUCGAAGCUGUCGGUGAUCUGGGUGGGCUCGCUGCUCCUCGCCAUCCCCGAACUCAUGAUCUGGCAUUUGGAGACGGAGCUGUCUCAUGUCUCGCGUCUCCCUGUUGACUCGUGUGUUCGUCUGCCUCCUUCAUCUCCACAUGUCUCAGAAUCUGUCUAUUCUCUCAUCAUGACAUACCACGAGUCGCGCAUGUGGUGGAUCUUCGGCUGCUUUUUCUGCCUGCCUUUGCUCUUCUCCUUCUCGUGCCAUCUUCUGACGAGCCAGAUUUCUGACGGUAACAUCUCCUCCUCUUCCUGUGCCGCAUCCUUGUCUUCCUCCUCGUCCAAGAAGCUGGUCACCAUGCUGGCGAUCGUUUACGGGCUGUUCUGCCUCCCCGAACACGCCUGGAACAUCGGCCUCACCUACGCUGGGGUUCAGGUGGAUGGGACUACACUGGCACUGCUGGCUCUGAUCGGUCAGUUCCUGAUGUUCGUCAGGGCCUCGGCCACGCCCAUUUUGAUCCUCAGCUUGUGUCGAUCGUUGGGGCAGAGCUUUGUGGACUGCUGCUGUUGCUGCUGUGAAGAAUGUCUGCCCAACAAACCUUCAUCACCAUCACUGGUGUCGUCUGUGUCUUCGUCAUCAUCGUCACCAGUUUUGGAGAAAGAGAAGAAGUCGCAGGUCGACUUUGAGAAAAAAGUGAAAGAGAAUUUAGCGGAGAUGGCUAUAGGAACUCCAUGCUGAGACAUCUCAGUCCUGAUCUCUGCACUGGAACAAAUACAGCAGAUCAGAUUGACUUCAUUCACACUCUUAUAAUCUCUUCUCUUGACUGUGCCCACUUUAUCAGUGGAAUAGUGAACUGGACCGUGUAUAUAGUCCAGCAUAAGGACAGAUAUAAACAAGGACACAGUGCUGAAUGGAGCCACAGCUACAAUUAUUCGGUCUAACCACUGUAACACUAAUGAGCUAUUAAAUGCCUAUUAUUAUGUGCUAUUAUGUGUCUUUGUUCUGUAAGCUGUAUUCAAACUAAAUACAAACUUAUUCUGUGACUUUAGGGUCUUGAGGAAUUAAAACAUGCUGGACAUUUUGUUCAAA